AUGAACCAACACCAACUAACAACAAUUCACCAGACCACAACGGCAACAUCAACAACAGACAGCAGUGCUCUUCUCUGUUGCGGCCAGAUGGAAACCUUCCAUCCGCUCUGUGAUUCGAGCCUUAUCCAGUCCCCUCCGGCACUCCCAAUGUCCACUGUCCCACCACGCAGCCGAUCUAAUUCCCGCGGUCUAGAAUCCUUGUUGUCAUCAUCCCCUCCCAACGAGCCGUCCUUGCCCCAGAUUCGCGAUGUGCACUCGCAACUUCCGGCAUUGCGGAUUGCCCCAUUGCGCCAGCCUGUUCCUCGUCGAAUCUGGAGCACCGCCCCCCCCUUUCCUCUGAAACCCGAGAUAACCGCUCACCCAGCGGCAGCCACAAAUGCAAGCGCCGCAUCUGGGGGCUCCAAUCUGCCGGAGAGGCUUCCAACUCUCGAGGAAUUUGUCCAUGCGGCUCGCACUUCAGACACUGACCUUCGCUCAAGCGAGGGCAACCACCUCGACUCGAACGUUCUGCCUGGUCCUCCGAAGACCAUCCUACCCGCCUUCAUCAAUCUCCAGACGGUCGAAAACCUACCAUACCUAUUCGAGGACCAUAACAGUCUAUCGAAGCGGCGCCGCAUAGAUGUAUUGGGAGAUCACUUUGCCAGUGAGCAUCUCCAGCUCCCCGUCCCGCAGACGCAAAAUGAAAAGAAGCCUCCCCCUUUUGGUCCAUUCGCCAUCUUGAAUGGACUGAAUGAGCCGCCGCCCAAUGCAGCAUUAUUCCCUCCCAUUGAACCGACCCUGCCGCCGAUUCUGACGAGGCCUACGAAUGAGCCACCCGAGUUCGCCAUUUCCGAAAAGCAAACCGAGAGACACGCGGAUAAACGAGAGCUGCGAUUAGCAGAGCUUCUUGACCCAAACAGUCUGGAGAGACCUGCCGUUGAUGAUGCCGAGCAAUGGAGGUUGGGCCAGGCUCCCAUAAAUCAUCGAAAUGAAAGUGCUGGACAACACUCGACAAACAAAGAGAGAUCUUUGGCAAAAUUUGGGGACACGAAUGAGCCCCUGUCGCCCAAGACGCGUGGCCGCUCACGCAAGAAUCUUCGAAAAUGGACGGAACAAGAGACCACUGAUCUGUUAAAAGGCGUGGUCAAAUGUGGCAUUGGAAACUGGACAGCUAUUCUGCAACAACCGGAAUUGAACUUCAACAAACGUAGUGCCGCCAAUUUGAAAGACCGUUUCAGAGUCUGCUGUCCAUGGGCUUACGGGGCGGCCGACCCAAAUGAAGCAACGAAGCAAAUACAAGACACCUUAGCCAACGCGUUGAUGAAAGCCGAAUCUUUGACCUCAGGGGCUGGUGGUAAAAUUCUUUUGCCUGACCCAAGGCCCAAGGAUAGUACAGUUUCUACAGAGCAUGUUGACCCUACUGCAUCCAAGUUGAACGAUGCGUUAGCGUUGACGCGAUCAAAGCAAUCAUCCUCCUCAACAUCGGCAUCCCCCUACUCUAACUCAUCAAAAUCUACGCCCAACCAGUCACUCAAAUCCAAAUCGACUCUAUCGUCGUUGGGUAUAUCGGAACCAUACUUUACAAUCAAGUCCAAACGACGCUCGCGUCGGCCUUUCACACCGGCUGAAGACGAAGCUCUUCUCAAAGGCUACGCUGUCCACGGCUUUCAAUGGACGCUUAUUCAACAAGAUCGACAUUUGAAUCUGUCGCAUCGUAGGGCAACUGACCUGAGAGAUAGGUUUAGAACCAAGUUUCCAAACGCCUACCGAGAAGGUGGAAGUGUUAGCGGUGGAAACAUAGGAUCACUACGACGCGAGACUAGCAACAAAAAUAAACCGUCUCCGAGCGAUAACCAGGGACGAGCCGCACCCUUAGUAAAGGAUACCCAGCAGCCUAUAUCAAUACCACCACUUCCUCCAGUACUCCCAAAGCCCCCAUCCAGCACAUACGAAAGCACGAAACAACCCGAAAAGAAACGCAAAUCACCACCGGAGUCCUCCGGAUUAGCAUCGAUAGGCUCGUUGCUGCAACCACCAGCACUACUUGGCCAGCCGAGCAUGUCACUGGAGUCAUCCGGUGCUGCUGCGACUGCUAUAGGAGGGGGAGGACAAGGUCUAAUAUCGUCCUUCUCAUCUAACUCGAGCCUGUUGGCAGCGGCUAACCACAACAGUGGCAGUUUCAACUCUGCUGCUACUAAUAAUACGUCGUGGGAGGACAACACACUUCCACCAUUGAAUUGGGAUGACCUUAAUUAA